UUGUCUGUUACACUGAACUCUAUAAUGGGGUCUGUUAUUUGAUUUGAUUUUGUAAGGUAAAGAUGGAAGGCACUGUGACUGUAAAUAAUGGAAGGCUCGUUGCUGUCGGCGGUUCUGAAGACAGCGGUUCGAUCCAGCUGAAGGACGUCACCUGGCAGGAAGUUGCAGAGUGUGGUGGCCAGUAUCAAGCCACAUUGUCCAGAAACCAUCACAUUAUCUCCAGGUCACUAGUCGCCGGUGCUCGAGCUGACGGCGUCGUUCAAGGGCUCCACGGUGACAAGCGCCGUCACCGCUGCCGCCGCCGCCGAGACCAUCCGACUCCUGGGCCCUGUUUCACGGCAGCGUACUGCAGCGCGCUACGCAGCGCUGCAGCCUGUGUUACCGUGCGGCCGAGCUCCUAA